AUGAACACAAAUAGUGCAAUAAUUAUUGUAGGCGCAGGCGUUUUUGGCCUGUCAACCGCACUGGAGCUGACUAGCAGAGGGUACAAGAACGUCACGAUUGUGGAUCGACACGUACCUCCAGUACCAGAUGGCUCCAGUGUCGACAUCUCACGUGUGAUUCGGUUCGAUUAUCGUGAUCCAAUGUAUGCCAGGCUUGCAAAGGAAGCAUUUGAUAUCUGGUGUGCCCAUCCGAAGUUUCGUGGAAUCUUCCACCAUGGCCCAAAUGCUUUCAUUGCAAGCAAAACGUAUGGGCGGUCACACCUCGAGAAAUGCAAAGAUGUGCUUGACGGGCUCGGCCAGCCGUGGAAACCAGUGCCAAAUCAAGAAGCUAUCAAAGCGACGUUCCCCAUCCUGUACGGUGAUACCAUCAACUCGUCCCUCUCCGGAUACUGUAAUUCAAGCUCUGGCUGGGCCGACGCUCAGAAGGCGAUUGCUCUCCUUCGGGAUGAGUGCAUUGAGAGUGGAGUGUCAUUUAUCUGUGGCAAAAAAGGCACUAUUGCAAAUUUCAAGCUUGACAAAAGAACAAGCAAUAUUAUUGCUGCACAAACAGAGAGUGGCCAAGAGAUACAAGGAGACUACUUCAUUCUCUCUGCUGGCGCAUGGUCACCAAUGCUAGUCCCUAUGUAUAACUCGACGAUUUCUACAGCACAAGUCCUGGCCUUCAUCAACCUAUCAAACUCUGAGAUGGACACCUACAAAGACCUGCCACUGUACAUAGACUAUGACUCAGGAUGGUUCUGCUUUCCACCCCAUCCUGAGGCUCGGGUACUGAAAGUUGCCAUCCAUGGUUGGGGCUACACUCGAAGGACUAGUCUCACCGACCUCUCUCUUCCGCCUACAGCCAUCCGAAGCAAGCGCACCGAUUUUGCACCUGCAGACGGUAUCGCGAGACUACGUUCAGGCCUAAAAACAAUUCUUCCGUCUCUCACAGAUCGCAGAUUUGACCGCGUUGCCGUGUGUUGGUACAAUGAUACGCCCACGGGCAACUUUAUCAUCGCUUACCAUCCGGACCACUCAAAUCUGUUCCUUGCUACCGCCGGAAGCGGCCACGCAUUCAAAUUUCUACCUAUAUUGGGCAAAUACGUAGUGCAAGGACUCGAGCGUACACUAUCGGCUGACUUACAAAGACAAUGGCGUUUCAGAACAGAGCAUAAAGACCAAGAGAAUGAGUUUCAUGGCGAUGGGAGCCGUGGAGGGCCAGCACGGCGCGAAUUCACACCGCAUGAAAAGGCGCUGUUAUGA